GGCAUCACGUCAAAACUUGCUUUCAUAUUUCGAUGUUAAAGUUACAAACGGCCAUUUUGAGUGGCGUGUGGCGGUUUCGUCCACGAUUUAUACGACGUUCUGUAUUUUUCUCAUUAAAGGCUAUUGAAGAAUAAAACAGCAAAAAUGCCUAAACCGGUAAAUGUGCGUGUUAUUACAAUGGAUGCUGAGCUGGAAUUUGCCAUCCAGCCCAACACCACUGGCAAACAGCUCUUUGAUCAGGUUGUGAAAACAAUUGGUCUGAGAGAAAUAUGGUUCUUUGGUUUACAAUAUACAGACAGCAAAGGGUUAACAACAUGGUUAAAAUUGAAUAAAAAGGUUUUGAACCAAGAUGUUAAGAAAGAAAACCCACUUCAGUUUAAAUUCCGUGCCAAAUUUUACCCUGAAGAUGUAUCGGAGGAAUUGAUUCAGGAUAUCACUGUGCGUUUGUUCUAUCUCCAAGUCAGAAACGCUAUCUUGAGUGAUGAAAUCUAUUGUCCUCCUGAAACAUCUGUGUUGUUGGCUUCCUAUGCUGUCCAGGCAAAACAUGGAGAUUAUAAUAUUGAUAUGCAUAAAUUAGGAUGUUUAACUAAUGAUAGAUUGCUUCCACAGAGAGUGAUGGACCAACACAAACUAACCAAAGAACAGUGGGAGGAAAGAAUAAUGAAUUGGUGGGCAGAACACAAAGGAAUGCCCAGGGAGGAUGCAAUGAUGGAAUAUCUGAAAAUAGCUCAGGAUCUUGAAAUGUAUGGUGUUAAUUACUUUGAAAUCAAGAAUAAGAAAGGUACAGACCUAUGGUUAGGUGUAGAUGCUUUGGGAUUAAAUAUUUAUGAAAAGGAUGACAAAUUAACUCCUAAAAUUGGUUUUCCUUGGAGUGAAAUAAGAAAUAUUUCUUUUAAUGAUAAAAAAUUUGUCAUCAAGCCAAUUGAUAAGAAAGCACCAGAUUUUGUUUUCUUUGCACCUCGUCUAAGGAUCAACAAACGUAUCUUAUCUCUAUGCAUGGGCAACCAUGAACUGUACAUGAGAAGAAGAAAACCUGACACAAUAGAAGUGCAGCAAAUGAAAGCACAGGCAAGAGAAGAGAAGUUAGCAAAACAACAAGAAAGAGAAAAACUAAGACGAGAAAUGGAAGCAAGAGAACAGGCCGAGAAAAAGCAACAAGAAUAUGCAGAAAAGAUUAAGCAAAUGCAAGAAGAAAUGGAAGCAAGACAGAAAGAACUUAUGGAAGCCCAAGAGAGCAUCCGUCGUCUAGAAGAACAAUUGCGUCAAGUACAGAAAUCUAAGGCCGAACUUGAAGAAAAACAGAAUGAGCUAGAAGAAAUGUUGAAGAAAUUAGAAAAUGACAAAGCCAUGGAAGCCGAAGAAAAGGCCAGAUUAGCGGAGGCCAUUCAGAUGAAGCAGAUAGAAGUACAGCGCAUCCAAGAAGAAGUGAACCAGAAGGACGAGGAGACGCGCAAACUGCAGGAGGAGGUUGAAGAAGCCCGUCGCAGACAGGAGGAGGCAGCUGCUGCCCUCCUGGAAGCUACCACACCCCAGCACCUUAACAUUCAAGAGGAUGAACAUGAGGAGAAUGACGAUAUGGUCAAUGGAGAAUGUGGUGCUGAGCUGUCGUGUGAUGAUUCUAUCAAUCUGCCCAAACCUGAAGAAGAUAGAAUUACACAAGUUUCAAAAGAAAAGCACCUUCAAGACCAAUUGAAAGAGCUGAGCAAAGAACUUGCAUCUUCUAAAGACGAAACAAAAUUGACCAAGAACGAUCUUCUACAUCAAGAAAAUGUGAGGCAAGGUCGUGACAAGUACAAGACUUUGCGAGAAAUCCGAAAGGGCAAUACCAAAAGAAGAGUCGAUCAGUUCGAAAAUAUGUAAUCGCAUCUGGAAUUUGUUCACGUUUUCUGUUCUGUUAGGAAAUUGUGAAAGAAAUGUAUGUGAAGGGGGCUUAGUGUUUACUCUAAAAUCUUAACUGUGAAAGCAUUUGCAAAUAAAAAAAAAUAUCAUUACAGUUCAUAGUUAUACAUUCCAUAAACUAAUUCUUUUUUUCCCCUCCUGUUUUGCUGAGCAUAACACCUUAAGGAGAUUUUCUUCUGGAUGUCUUUGAACUUCAAUAACUGCAAGUAUUUAGAUCUGAGUUUUUGUUUAUCCAACUGUUCCUUCUUAGAGCAAACAUGUUUAAAAUAAAACUAUUGUAAAUUAUUAAAAUUUGGAAAAAUAUUUUUAAAGCAUCUCGAGCUGUAGUUGAAAAGUAGAGAGUAUUUUUUUACGAACAAAACAAUUUUACAUUUUUCCACAUUUUAAUCAAUGUAAAUUUUUCAAGUUGACAUUGCCUGUUCAUCGUACCCAUUACGUAACAUGUGCCUUUUGUAAUAUUGAACCUAUGAAUGUUUGCUUGGAAAUGGAAAGUAAAGACAUUAACAGUUUUUGUAAUUUUUAUAUCUUAAUUGCUCUACAGAAGUUGAUGCUUCCGUAAUUUUGCAGAGCCCUGCAUACUUACAGUAUUAUAAAUUUCUUGUUAUAUAUAUAUGAUUUGUCUGCAAAUAAUUCAAACCUGAAAUAGGCUUCCUGACGGCUUGUGGUGAUGUUGAAGGCCUCAAAAAACAAAAGUGUACAUUUUUUGCACUUAAAUGCCUUAUUAGAGAUUCAGUUGUUUGCAUUGCUAAGUAGUUUAUAAAUUAGACUUUUCUACAGCAGUUUUGCCUCUGUAUUUUGAUAUAAUAUACCAAUUGUUAAGUAUGUUUUUUAAACCUGUUUUCUCAUUCUUGAGCUUUGUUGAAGGCUGGUAGGUUGUUCAGGUUUUCGAAGCCUGUGCAGUAUUGCGUCCGUUAUGCUAAAAGAUGCAAGUUUUAUUUUUGUAUUGCUGUUCUCUGUUUUUUGAAUGCAGAGUCAAACCUUCUUUUUGUCUUUAUUUUUGAAUGUUACAGAAUGAAAAGAUUUUAUAGACAUAUUUACAGUUCUCUAAAUCAAAUUUUUAGUGUUACAUUUCCUUUGUCAUUUUUUUUUUUUUAUUUAUGAACUCGUAUCUCGUGCCAGUACAGUAUUGUAUUAAUUUUUUUCAAGUUUCAGGGUAUAUUUUGAAAAAGUUUAUCGACCUUGUUUUAUCUCUCAAUAUAGUUUUUAUCGUUGUGAAAAAAAAUCCGGCAGUAAAAAUUUUAGACCUGUGCCAAAAUGAUUUUUUUGAUUAUAGUAAAAUUGCUGCUUCAUACUGGAGUUAUCUGUUGCUUUUAUAUUGAUUUAUGAAUUUAAAUUAAAAUUUUUUUUCCAAUGAUUAUCUUGUUCAAGUUGUUAAAUCCUGUGCAUGAAACUGAAUUAGCUUUAAAUGUUAACUUUUGUUUUGUUUUAAGGAAAAAAUCAAAUGUAUUUGUGUAUUGCUCUGUUGCUUGAAUGAUUUUUUAAAAAAUCUUUGGUGUUUAGAAUUUUUCUGUUGCAUUUUAUGUUUGUAACAUUACAUUGCAGUAACUGCUGUUUCUGUAACAAAUUGUGGACUGAGUGAAUUAUUGUUGUGUAAUGCAUAUCAUUACUAGAUCUUAUCUCUUGCAACUUCAUAGUGGUUUGGGCACUGUAAUGAGGCAAAUUUGUUAUGUAUAUUCAUAGUGAUUUGAAUAUUUCAAAAAUACAAAAAUUCUAGUUAAUAAAGAAAGCUAAGUUUUUUA